UAUGAAUAUAGGCUAGUAAGUAGUGAGUGAGAGAACCAAGUGACCAAUGCUCAACAUAGUGUCUGUAGAGAGGAGGUUCUAUAAUUCUGUUAUAGCUCUGAAGUGUUUUAAAACUUUGAAAAAGCCAACUUACAGACAUGUUUAUCGUAGUCCAUGUCAAGUGAAACAAUUCGAUAAUUAGCUUAGGGCGUUGUAAAGAUGUGAAAGAUUAGGUGUUUGAAAAUCUACACUGACAGUAUGACGGCCAUCCUAAAACACGCAUCACACUGCAGGUGGAAGAUACCUUUCAGAGCCUUCUACACAUGCACAUACCCAACUUCAAGUCACAGGAACAAGGAAACAAGCCUGGCAACUCCUUUCCAACGGGUAUCAUGUCAUAAACAGACUGACUUCCAUGCUCAUAGUUUAUGGACUCGUUCUCUGUCUGGAAUAAAGCUGAGAACUAUUCGUAAAAGGCUGUCCAGUCUGUCUGCUGCGGCUAUUGUGAACUCGGCUCCAUCAUCUAUGAAACCAUAUCUUCGUUUAAUGCGACUUGACAAACCCAUUGGAACAUGGCUACUCUUCUUGCCCUGCACAUGGAGUAUCGGGUUGGCUGCAGAUCCUGGUCACCUUCCAGACAUGAGCAUGCUAGCACUGUUUGGAACUGGGGCAUUGCUCAUGAGAGGGGCUGGAUGCACCAUCAAUGAUAUGUGGGAUAAAGACUUUGACAGAAAGGUGGUUAGAACUGCGACCCGACCCAUUGCAUCAGGUGAAAUCUCCCGGUUCAAGGCUCUCCAGUUCCUGGGAGGUCAGCUCAGCCUCGCCCUCUGCGUGCUCCUCUGCUUGAACUACUACAGUAUAUUCCUUGGAGCUGCUUCACUGAUGUUAGUGGUCACAUACCCGAUCUUGAAGCGUAUAACAUACUGGCCACAACUCAUGCUGGGUCUUACCUUCAAUUGGGGGGCAUUGCUAGGAUGGUCGGCAGUGAUGGGAUCAUGUGAUUGGUCCAUCUGUUUGCCGCUCUAUUUUUCCGGUGUGAUGUGGACACUGAUCUAUGACACCAUCUAUGCUCACCAGGAUAAGGAAGACGAUAUUAGAGUGGGCAUCAAGUCUACAGCUCUGAGGUUUGGAGAGCAGACUAAACCGUGGCUCUCCGGCUUCUCUGUGGCCAUGGUGGCAGGCCUCAUCCUGGCUGGACUCAACGCUCAGCAGACUCUUCCCUAUUAUGCAGCCGUCUCUGCUGUGGGCCUCCAUCUGACACGUCAGAUCUCCUCACUGGAUAUCAAUAAAUCAGAAGACUGCUGGAAAAAAUUUGCCUCAAAUAGAAAUCUUGGACUAAUUUUGUUUUUGGGAAUAGUUAUUUCCAAUUUAAUGAAGAAACAAGAGGACAGACCCAUAGAAAAUUAAAUGUGUACAUUAAUAUUACAAAUAAACUGCACUUCGAGAGAGAAAGGAAACGCCAUACUGUACACAACACCUUAACUUCCAGGAGAUGACUUAGAGUCCCCUCGUCAUUGUUUGGCAUGCACAAAAAUAGGCAGAAAUGCCCAUCUAAAGUUUUUGUGAUGGCUGUCAGAUCUUGAGGACAGUUAAUGCAACUUGAAGGGCUCUGCUUUAAGACCAGUAGUGCUACUGUUCCAUUAGUAUGCCAACCUUGAGAAUGUACUGCAGUUCUAUAUUGUUGUAGUGGUAUUUUAGGAAUUCAGCCAAAUUCACUGACAAAGCUGCUUCAACAGAAAUGUCUACCAGAUCACUUUAUCAACUGAAAACAACAUGGCUGAGCAGCGCUGUCUACUUUUACCUUCAGCAUUAUUCCUUUGUGUUCUUCUCGAGUCUUUU